CAAUCAGUGACUAAUUGAGAAGUCAGGGCGUUUAAUGGGCUUAUCGGUAGCCGUUAUCGCCCGCUGAUAGUCGAAGAUGGUGUAUGGACGUCUGUUUGUUUUCAUAAGCAAACACAGCCCCGCACAUUUGAUAAACUGACGGCGUAUAUCAGUUGACAGUGUUGGCUGUCAAAAACAGGCUGUUGAGGAAUUUCGAACAGUCAUUAGUUAUGUCUGUUGGCCGAUGACGACAUAGGAAUUCGGGUUAGAUCAUGCGGUGAGGCAAAACAAUGCGUUUCGAAACCAGAAAAACCGCGCAAAACGAGCGCUCGCCAAUUAGCCACUAACGACAGCAUGGCAGAUCCCACCACAAUAAACGUUCAAAAAAUACUUUUACAACACACUCAACGUAGACUGGAUCGCUUAAUGAAAUUACUCAGCGCUGCGCAUCUAUCAAAACCGACGCAAUCCAGCCAACCAGUAAUGUUUGAAGAAUUAGUUCGCCGGUCGCUCAUUGGGGACAUGUUGAAUACCGGAUUUUCCACCGGGCCAUUUGGACUUACAUCAUCUGCAAUGCAGUCUCCGACGACGCCAGAAACGGAAACGGAAGUGCAAUUAUCAGCAACAUGCGAUGACAUUCAAGGGAGGGACCGGCCUUGCUGCAACCAGGCUGUGCGCUGUUUUGAGGAUUUUCCUAAGUUGGUCGGGGAUGACUUGGACAAUUCAGUUCAGGGCUCAUUCGCCUUCGCUUCCGCCUGCAGGAAGCUGGGGUCGGAGUUAAAGCGUGACAAGCUAUGCGUACAGAAUGCGCUGUCGUCGUGUGGCGGCCUCAACCGCAAUCUUAUACAGCGACGCUUCGAUACGCGGGUCAAUAACAUCUACAGCCAGUACAACCGCUACUGUUUGCCGACCACGACGGCAGUAACCACUUCUGAGCCGGCAACAACACCAACCUCCGCGCCGGUAGUACCCACGACUAAGACGCUUCCCCCGGAAGCUCCAAGCCCUAUCGAUCCACCAACAGGCGGUCCGCCGUUCAGCGCCCCCGCCGACGGAAGCGGGGGUCGCGAAAUCGCCCACACACAUGAUAUAGACUCGCCAGGCGCGUCGUCGGCAAUCAUCGCGGGGGUGGUGACCGGUGGUGUCAUCCUGGCUCUCGUUCUCAUCAUUGCCGUCGUCUUGUGGUGCAGGCAUAAACGAAACAGGCACGCUUCCGGUAGCUCCUCAGACAGCGCAGGCGUAUUCUUCCAAAAGCGUCCUAACACAUCGGCCAACCAGCACAGGAACAACAACAACAAACCCAACCUAGAUCGGCAACUCUCGGACCUCUACGCGGAAAUAGACGAAGCGAUGGUGAACCCUGGAUAUAAACCCCCAGUGCCCGGAUCGCUGUCACUUCCUGGGUACAUACAUCCGGUGAGCGACGACGACUCCGGCUCCUCCUACACCCCGGCACCUACUUCCGGUCGGGCUGCUAUAACGACACGGGGACAGCUGAGUUAUGGCCCUAUACUCGCAGCCAACGCCCGAAAAAUCAGCGACGUGGUGACUCCUUACCACACAACUACCAUAACUACUGACGCGGAUUUGAACAGAAUGAAGCGAAACGAGAUGCGCAGUUCUGACAUUAGCUUGCCCCCAAGGUUUCUGUCAAGGGAUCUCAACAGAGGAUCAGCAGAGCGUAUAACUGAUCUAGAUGAGGAGAGCGUUCAGGAUGAUUAUGAGCUCCCGAUCAGCGCAAACGCCUCUCUGAAAUACGCAUCGCUAGACAACGAACCGGAACCGCCUCCCAGCACGCCGGCCCCGGCUGUACCGUCUGCUGAAUCCACACCGAACACACAGGCCAAGCACAAGAAAAUGGCGGUGAAAGUAUUGCCGUCGAACCCUUUACCGCACGUAUCCGCAACUUCAAAUUCAACGUCGGGGGCCACAUCGAGCACACCAGCUAGCGGCCCGGUGCCAACGCCACGCAAGAGAGCCGACAUGAACAGCGAUAGCUCCAAAUCGGAAACAGACGAACAAGCUCAAACUACAAUCAAUCAUAAUUCUCGAAUAUCUCAAUCGUUGUCGACCAAUGACAGAGUGACCCAGAUGAAAGAUAGCGAGAAAGCGUCUGUCAGUCGAGACUCGUGCGUGUCAGAAUCGAGCGCGAAGUCAAGCCACCAUUACUACGUUCUGGAAAAAGACGAAAACGACAGAAAGGACGACUUUGACUAUGCAAACUCAAUAAGCCCUGGACAACUUGUGUAAAUACUCAAUUGACUUCAAACAGAUGUUGUACAUGUACAUUGCGCUUAUUUAAUAAAUAUUUACAAUACAUUUA